UACAGACAAACAGCAGUUAUCUUCUACCAGUUCGAAUUUGUUCCCAAGGUUGUCUUGUUUUUGAUUUUUUAGUUAAUCAGAAGUACAAAAAUGUCAGGCGGAACGGCUAAUUGCGUGGACAUAAUCUUGGCCAUUAUUUUGCCUCCUCUCGGUGUCUUCCUCAAGUUUGGCUGUCAGGUGGAGUUUUGGAUCUGUUUGAUCCUAACUCUUUUUGGAUACAUCCCUGGAAUUAUUUACGCUGUUUAUGCUAUCACCAAGUGAUCAUCUCCUUAAUUUUCUGGGAGAAAGUUGAUAGUUAUUUGAUUUGAUGGAGCAUUUCUAUUUUGGAGUAGUUAAAUGGAUGGAUUCUUGAGCCUCUCUCUUUUUUCUGUGUAAUUUUAACAUGUUAUAUUUUAUGUAAAGAUUGUGGAUUUACUUGCAAUUUUAUUUUAGUGCUCGUA